AUGUGCGUCCCGGAGAGGCUGUACCGGCAUUUUGACGUCGACGUUACAGCGAUUAACGAUUCCGGACGAAUCGUGCUGGAUUAUGCUUCCGAUUCGAGUGACGAUGACGCAGCGAUACUCCAUCCGACGUACGGUUCAUCCUGGAAGGCGCAGGAGAUGGAUAACUCCGACAACGAGAGUGUCGAUUCGCAGGGCGGAGAUCCGUUGAAGCAUGCCGGUAUCUACACGGCCGAGGAAGUGACGCGCAUUACGCAGGAAAAGCUUUUCCGCCUGCAGAAACUGUACAUCGAGCAGAUUCACCGUCUGCAGCAUGUGUUGCGCGAGCGGCGUCGAAACUAUCUGAAGGACCAGCGUACCGAACGCGACAUUCGUUGUAGCAUAUAUGACCAGAUUAAGCAAAGGCCCCGCGAACGGUUGCUGUACGAGAAGCUGAAGGGUUUGAACCGUUAUCACCGUAAGCAUGGUGUGGAAGCGAUACUGCAGCGGAAAUAUUUGGAAAAACGGGCCAAAGCAACGGAGGGCCUACAGCAGAAACCACAGACACUGCCCAAGUGUUCGUACACCGAGGGUGGCGUGAAGUGUGGUGAGAGAACACUGCCGCAAGCACAUCCAUUCUCUACUGCAAGCGUGAUGAUGUGUCAACGGCACUAA